AUGAAGCUCUUCAUCGUCGCAUCCCUUGUCCUUAGCAUCGUGGCCGCCGCCAUCGUCCAGCCUGGACAGCCCCUCUCACCUGGAACCCACAUCAUCGCCAUCGAAGGCUAUGAUGGUACCUUCAACUCUGAGAUGCUACUCGUCUCAACCGAAGGCGAAUCCGUCCAACCAUCUUCAGCAUUCGGCACAGACAACGAUCCCAUCGCCAUCCUCGGCACACCCACAACACCCAAAGCUGCCAAAGUAACCCAGAUCAGCCGCCCCCACGACCCCGAACCCAUCAUCAUCCUCCCCUUCCACUUUCAAAUCAUCGAAAAUUGCAUGUCUGACAACUUCAUUACUGCCCGCGGUGUCUACGUCAACCGCGAUUUUGUCUGGGCGUACUUUUUAUCCUCUGGCGGCACUAGUGUCGUCGAGCACAAUGUCAAUGGGUAUCCGGACUUUCUCAUUGGGCCUUAUGAUUACGGGAGCAGUACGCUGCAUUUUUCGUAUGAUAACACGGCGUUCAAGUGUGACUGGAACGACCAGGAGACGUGGAAGGAGUGUGGGGAGUGUAGGUCUGGCAUGUGGAAUGCAGACCCUCUUGAUUGUAAUGGAGGAGGAAUUAAGACGAGGACGAAGCAUAUGGAUUGUUCGUUCAUAAUGGGGUGGAGGAGUCAGCUUAAGGGGACUCCAAUACCCAACUUACCCCCGAGCAAACCAGGUGACGACCCCGACUAA